GAGAAGAAGAAAGAAAAAGAAAGAAAGAAAAGACCCUGCGCCGUUGGAAACUUCCUUUAGUUAAGGCUGCAUCCAGGAGCCGGCGCUGGUGUUUGUUGAAAUCUCCCUCCUUUUUUUACACCUUGCCGUGUGUGUGCUCAACACCCAAAGUGCGCCCUGGGGCGAGUAUGAGAAUGAGCAGCGGCGACACUUUUCUGGAAGUUCGCCCACAAAAUCUCGGGAUCAUAACUUAUUAGGGAAGCUGCUGCAAGUGGGAAAGGGGGGAGAUCUGUCAACUCUGUUUUUACACAUUGGAGACAGCUGCUAUGGUUCGUUUUUUUUGGUGGGGGGGGGGGGGGGAACCACCGGGGCAACAAGUGAUAAUGACGACUGAAGGUGGUUCAGAUAGUGAAGUAAAAGAAUCAGAGAAUCUGAGGACUAACACAGGAAGUGAAAAUGCUGGGGAUGCACCAGAAAGUCAAGAAGAUCAGAAACAAAUAGAACACGGUUCUCCUGUCCUUCCAACUGCAGCUACCCAAAAGAGCCCUAAAAGCUCAGGUGGAAAGGGCAUUUCUCGUUUUAUCCCCCCCUGGCUUAAGAAACAAAAAUCAUACAGCAUAUCAGAACCCAAAGAUGAAACUAAGAAAAGAGAGCAUCUAGCAUCAGAAGAAGAGACAGCAGUGGACGAAGGAGAAUGUCAUCUUUCAGAAGAAGCUCAAUCUAAAGGAAAAUUAGAGGACAUUUCUGAGAAUCUCCAAGAAGCUGAAGUGGGUGGUGAUAAAGAAGAAAAACACGUUGAGUCACAGUCUGAUAAAGAAGACAAAGAAAUUAUUUCUGAAGCUACAGAAAACACUGAAGAUCGGAAAAGAGAGACAAAAGAGGUGCAAACAAGUGAAGUCAAAGUAGAAAGAGUGCUUCAAAAAACUCCUAAGAAGAUCAGGAUAGUACAGGCUAAAGUUGUGCUUUUGGAUGGCACAGAAUACAGUUGUGACCUUGAGAAAAAAGCAAAAGGGCAGGUGUUGUUUGACAAAGUAUGUGAACAUCUUAACCUACUGGAAAGGGACUAUUUUGGCUUGCUAUUCCAAGACCAUACAGAUCAGAAGAAUUGGCUUGAUAUUUCAAAGGAUAUCAAGAAGCAAAUUCGCAAUUUGCCAUGGCAGUUCACCUUUAAUGUGAAGUUUUAUCCACCUGACCCUUCACAAUUAACAGAAGAAAUCACCAGGUACUUCCUUUGUUUGCAGCUUCGUGAGGAUAUUGCUUCUGGACGUCUACCAUGCUCUUUUGUGACCCAUGCUCUGCUUGGUUCAUAUACUUUACAAGCUGAACUAGGUGACUUUGAUCCCGAGGAACAUGAUAGUGGUUACAUACAGGAAUUCCAGUUUGCACCUAACCAGACAAAAGAGUUGGAGGAUAAAGUAGUAGAAUUACACAAGACACACAGGGGUUUGACUCCAGCACAGGCAGAUGCCCAAUUCAUAGAAAAUGCCAAGCGACUAUCCAUGUAUGGAGUGGAUUUACACCAUGUUAAGGAUUCUGAAGGUGUGGACAUCAUGUUGGGGGUUUGUGCCAAUGGGCUACUCAUUUACAAAGACAGACUUCGAAUAAAUCGUUUUGCAUGGCCCAAAAUUUUGAAGAUUUCUUACAAACGCAGUAAUUUCUAUAUUAAAAUCAGACCAACUGAACUGGAACAGUUUGAGAGUACUAUUGGCUUUAAGCUGUCAAAUCAUAGGGCUGCAAAACGAUUAUGGAAGGUUUGUGUGGAGCAUCAUACUUUUUAUAGGCUUGUAUCACCAGAACAGCCUCCAAAAGCCAAAUUUCUCACACUGGGCUCCAAGUUCCGUUAUAGUGGACGUACCCAAGCACAAACACGCCAGGCUAGCAAUCUCAUAGAUAGACCUGCCCCACACUUUGAACGGACCUCAAGCAAACGAAUUUCCAGGAGUCUUGAUGGUGCUCCGGUAGGCAUUGUAGACCAGAGUCUGCUAAAGGACUUUCCUGUUGCUGCUGGUGGGAGGAUCUUUGAAACAGCUGAACAGCACAAGUUAAAAGAUGAUGAAGGCAGAGAUGCAGAUGGAGGCAUUGCUAAAAUGUCACAAUUAGAAGAUGGAAAGAGUUCACAUGAGACUCUAGACAUAGUGGAGAAGAAGCAGGCAGAGGUUGGGAUAGCAGAGACAAUAGUCACAGAUGAUACCGACAGGGGGAAAAUGCCAUUUGUCUGUGGUGGUGGGGAAAGUCAGAAGAUGGAACACCUAGCAAAAAAAGACUCUUCAUCACUGUCAUCCAAUAGCAACAGUAGUGAGAGUGAAGAUGAAGUUGGAGAGUAUCAGCCACACCAGCAGAUUAUACAAGAUACUAUAAAAGAAGAAUUGGAAGAAAAUGAAAGUCCCAAAGAGGAGGAACAGAGCUCAACAGCAGAAGUUUGUGUUAAAUUUUCAGAAGAAGUCAGUCCAAUUCAAACAGCAAUUGAGCACAAGCAGUUGACUGGGGCUCCAGUCCAAACAAAUGAAGCUUCCAUAAACACAUCAGAGAAGACAACAUUAAGAAGAUUGGAUGAUGAAUGCCCAAAAGAAGAAAAGGAGGAAGAUCUACCCAAACUAAAUGGAGAAGCAUUGCAUGUUGACAUUGAUGUUUCACCACAAUUAAUUUGUUGCUCAGAGCCUCCACUUAUUAAAACUGAGAUGGUGACGAUUUCAGAUGCUUCACAAAGAACUGAAAUAUCCACCAAAGAAGUCCCAAUUGUUCAGACAGAGACUAAAACUAUCACCUAUGAAUCUCCUCAGUUUGAUGAUGGUGGUGAUGUUGGUAUGUUGUUGAGUGCGCAGACAAUCACAUCAGAAUCUGUCUCUACUACCACAACCACACAUAUUACUAAGAUGGUAAAAGGUGGUGUGUCAGAAACCAGAAUCGAAAAGCGGAUUGUUAUCACGGGAGAUGCAGAUCUUGAUCACGAUCAGGCAUUGGCACAAGCCAUUAAGGAAGCCAAAGAGCAGCACCCUGACAUGUCUGUAACAAGAGUAGUGGUGCAUAAGGAGAGUGAACUUGAAGAGGAAGGCCAUUAAGGUUUAUGAAGAAUGCUUUGAGACUAUGAAGAACUUCAAUAAUUCCAAGUUGAUAUCCCAGCCAGUCUUUCACUGAAUACACCAAGCCUCACUACAGGGACCAAAUUUCUCUAAACCGAAUUGUCAACCUUACAGUUUUUCAUGUAUGUCUUUGUUUUUAUAACCAAUUUUUAACAUUCUUGGAUUUUUUUUAAUGAGGUAUAGAGAUUUGUUUUUGUUCAAUUCCCUGCUAUUUUUGUACAACUGAUUUCUUGUUUGCAUGAAGCAAAAAUAUUUAGAAAAAACUGUUUACUUGAGCAGUUUUAAUAUGCAGGGAAAAGGAACCCUGACUAAUUUAGAUACAGGCUUUUCAAAAUGUCUCAAAGAUUUAACUGGAAAAAAUUUACUUUUUCAGAUAAAUGUCAAACAGUACAAGAAAAAUAUUCUUUUUAUUAAAAAAAAAACACGAAAUGUUCUUAUAGCUUGGCAGGGAAAGUAAACUGAAAAUCUGUAUGAUUUUUAUAUAGAUUCCUAUAUAAAAAAAUUCUGUUUAUUCUGAUGAUCUCCUAUUUUUUGAGAGAACUGGUGCUGGUAUCAUAUAGAAGCGAAGUUUUAGUUAUUAAAAAAUAUAUAUAUUUCUACUGACCAACCACUGUUCAAGUAGCCUUUUGUUUGCACUUCACUGUCCUCAGCCAGUCCCUUCAAAGAGACCUAAGGGUCUGUAACAUUCCAGAGUUGGAAGCACUUUGCUCUGUCCUUCCAGCAAAUUUAGGCAGCUUAAAACUUAAUGCUUUUCUCUUAGUAUGCUAAAUGUCAGAUACUCCCAUUAUAUAAAUGCACCUGCAGAAAAAAAUCUUGCUUUGCCUAAAAAAAAAAAACCUCAGGGUUGGCAGCGCUACUGAUUCAAAUGCAGAAAGUGUGUCGGAGCACACACUGAAAGCAGCAUGCCAGACUAUCUCUCCUUAUGCAACUCCUUACAGAGUGGAGGAGAAUUUUUCCAUAGGUUUGUCUAUGCGAUCCCAGGAAUAGACAUGUCUCACUUAAGCAGUUGCAGUCCAGCACCACAGACGAUCUUCUGUCUUGGACUCUUUGAGGUGCCUUUUAGUCUUUGAAUCUUAAGUGCUGCCCUGCCCUAAUAAAAACUCAUUAACUCCUGUUAUAACUGACAUUUGUUGAGCAGUUAUUGUUUAAGUAGCUUGCCUAAUAACAGGAACAGGUUUUGAGGACCAAAAGAAACCAAGGGUAUGGCCUUAGGUCCAUUUAUCAGUGGUACCUGCUACUGAGGAGGUCUCUAUGAAAACCUGUUGACUAUAUCCAUUUUUCUCCAUUGUUCACCAUAUGAACUGUAUAGUUAAGAUGCCAUAUUAAAUUUAUAGCAGCUUGAAGUUGUAUUAAGUGAUAUUUUGCUUGCAUAAUACUGUUAUAAAAUAAAGUUUC